GGCCGUGGUGAAGCUACAACUCCUGUCACAGUUAGAUCUCUGGUCUGUUGCGAAACUACAGCUCCCAGCAUAAUGUGGUUGACGGGCACGCUAGGAGUUGUAGUGUCAUGAGAGCCACAGGGUUUAUCUGUUACUCUUGGACCUUGGACUGGCGUCUGCUGUACUUCGCUAUGUUUUCUUUAGAGCACAUGAUGACUUCAGAAGCUUUGUCAGAUCUUCAGGACGACUUGGAAAGAGAUGAAACAACGCAGUCCCUGGACCAGCUGAAGCUGGCGUCCCUCGAGAACAUGAACUGGCCGUCUGACGACGUGCAGGACUUCCCCAAGUCAGGGGACGUCAAAGUUUCUCCCGGCCCCGUCGCAGACCAGCUCUUGGAUGACCUUAAAAACGACAUCGGCAGACACCACAUUGUGGAAGUGGCUGGUGAUGACAAAUUCGGGCGCAAGAUUGUCGUGUUCAACGCCUGCCGCAUGCCCCCCUGCCACGAGCUCAAUCACUUCAAGCUCCUACAGUAUCUGAAGCUAACAUUGGACCAGUUCGUUGAGAGCGAUUACACGUUGGUUUACCUGCACCAUGGCCUGACCAGUGAAAACAAGCCGUCUCUGGGCUGGCUGAGAGAUGCCUAUAGAGAGUUUGAUCGCAAGUACAAAAAGAACAUCAAGGCUUUGUACAUUGUCCAUCCUACAAUGUUCAUCAAGACCUUACUGAUCUUGUUCAAACCUAUAAUAAGCUUCAAGUUUGGUCGGAAGAUUUUCUACGCAAAUUAUCUGAGUGAAUUGGAGGAGAUUGUGAAGUUGGAUCAACUGGGGAUCCCCGAAGCAGUCCUCAAAUACGACGAGCACAUCCGCUCUACAUUGAAGACCACGCCGACCAGCCAGAAAACUACUCCACCUCGGCCGCCACUGCCAAACCAACAGUUUGGGGUCUCCCUUCAGCAGUUGAAAGACAAGCGCCCCGACAGCAGUCAGAAGAUCCCCCAAGUUAUGCAAGAGACUGUGGCUUAUCUGAAGCAGAAUGCUCUAAGCACGGAGGGGAUUUUCCGGCGGUCGGCCAGCACUCAAGUGGUACGAGAAGUUCAGCAGAAAUAUAAUAUCGGAGCACUUGUUGACUUCAAGCAGUAUGACGAUGUCCACUUGACUGCAGUCAUCCUCAAGACCUUCCUCCGGGAGCUCCCCGAGCCGCUGCUGACAUUCAACCUUUACAAUUACGUUGUGGAAUUUUUCAAUCUAGAGCCAGAGAAGAAGGUGGAAUCUGCUAGAGAGACUCUUAAGACUUUGCCUGAAGAGAAUUAUGAAGUUCUCCGGUUCCUCACUGGUUUUCUUGUUGAGGUGUCCUCUCGGAGCAGAGAGAAUAAGAUGACAAACGCCAACCUGGCUGUGGUGUUUGGCCCAAACCUCCUUUGGGCAAACGAUGUGGCCAUGACCCUCAAAGCCAUAAAUCCCAUCAACACCUUCACCAUGUUCCUGCUUGACAACCAGAAGGAGCUGUUUGAGGACGUGAAUUUGUAAAUGGGAAUUUUCGCACUGCACCACUGCCAUCCUUAUGCUGCACGACCAUCUCCACCGCAUCACUGUACCGUCCUGUUGUCUGUAUGUGUGUGUGUGUGCGCAGACCUCUGUGUGACACGUUGGAGCUGGCAUCUCCAAUGCAGCUUGCAGCAAAAGGAAACACAAAGCCAUCCAUGUGUCUACCCGAAUCUUGGCCACCGCUGAUGCCCCUGGUAGGCAGCACUUUUCCUUUGUGACAGUUGUGGUAAUGUUGGGCGUGAGGUGGCAUGUUGUGGCAUAUAGUCCUAUUAUAAAUGAUUGAGGGAAUCUUCCCGUAUGACUUAACUCCAUUAAUUUCUUCUCUCUGACAUUCCUUCGCACUCCCACCUCUGUUUUACGUCCCACACAUCUAGGCUAUACUUUGUAUGCUGCCCAGAGAGGUACCCCCGAGUACAAAUCCGCACUGUUCAUAUGGUGCAAACAAGUCUCCAAACUUUUUGAUUUUUUUUUUAGGAUGACUGACAGCUUAUGGCCUUAUCUGGUCUUUUAAAUCUGGUUGACAUUUUGUACCACUAUCUACCAGCACAUGGGGGGGGGUUCUACAUUUCGGGAUCUCCAUUUCACCUGCUUACUUUUAUCUAUUUUGGUGUUUUUGUUUUUUCAAUUCUUUUAACAAUAUUUUAUAGUUGUAGCAGGCUCCAGGCGACAAGAAAGUUGGUAGAAAACAAAUAAAACCUGCUGCGUUCAUAUAUAUUUACACUGAUGAUUGUCCUAUAGGAAUACAGGCAGGUAAGGCUCAAAAAUAGGAACUGUAGAGUAGAAAUACCUUUCAUUAAAUGGAGUGCAUUCCCAUGAUGCAUUGCUCACAUUUGCCCUGGAUUAGAAAAACACGGCUGCUUUAAAAAAAUAUAAAAAAAGAAGCGCCCCCCUGUCCACAGGUUGUGUCUGGUAUUGCAUCUGAGCUCUAUUCAAGUCGGUACAACCAGUGGACACAUGCAGUGCUAUUUUUUGCAAGAAGGCAGCCAUGUUUUCUAAUGGUGUACAACCCCUUUAAUAUAUAUUAUUAUUUUACUGUGGGUGGAACUUGGCAGUCAUGUGACAACUAAGGCACGUGGCAUAUAGGGGUGGAGUCUAAAAAUGCAAUGUAGAAACCAUACUGCAACAGAGUAUACAGGGAAUGCAAAGCCUUUCCAGUUUACAGGUAGUAUGCAAUAUAAACUCUUCUUGAAAGCCACAUUUUUCCAGAAUUUUACUAUUGAUGGCCUGUCCUCGGGAUAGGCUAUCCAUAGUGCAGGGAUGGCCAACCUGAGGCUCUCCAGCUUUUGCAAAACUACAACUCCCAGCAUGCCCAGACUACCUACAGCUAUCAGCCUACAGCAAAGCAUGGUGGGAGUUGUAGUUUUACAACAGCUGGAGAGCCUCAGGUUGGCCAGCCCUGCCAUAGUGGAUCAGCGGGGGUGGGGUCUGACACGCCACACCCCUGCAGAUCAGCUGUUUAAAGAGGCCACAGCUUUCCGAUAAGCAAUGUGGCCUCCUCACAGCUUACCAAGCCCAGCACGUGGCCAUGCUUGAGCCAUAACCCAUCCCAUGACUGAGCUGCACCUAGGCCAUGUGACCGAUGAACGUGACGUCACUGCCCUAGGAAGAGGUCGCAGCACUCACCAGAGCAUCGCGGCUUCUUUAAACAGCUGAUCGGCGGAGAUGCCAGGAAUGCCCCCACCCAUUAUAUGAGCCUGGACACCCCUUUAAGCCUAUAGCACUCAUUUAUUAUGUUUUGUUUUUUUAUAACCACCUGUAUAGACAUAAUAAAAUUCAAAAAAUUCUGCCCGUCUUGAACUACUACUGUACGGAGCUAGAGAGAAUACUGAGAUAACUGUAUAAACAGUAUGUAGAGAGCUCCCCCUAGUGGUGGCUGCAGGAAGCUAGAUUUGUUUAUCUAUACACUAUAUAGGUAGAUCCUAAAAUCACUCCGGCCAA